AUGCGCAAAAUGGCGACGUCGGCGGCGCCAUCUGCGCCGAAGGCGACCCAAAUCAAUGAAGAAGGGAGAAUACAAAGAGGAUUAGAGAAACUCAGAUCCGCAUUCAGUACCGACCUAACGGGGUUUCAGCAACUCCUUUCAAUAUGCAAUACUGAAGCAGGGAAAACUUCCAAUUUCACCUAUCAAACACAUCAAAGUGUUUUAUGUAAUUAUAUAACUUCUUCUGUUAGAGGUACUUACGGGAAUAGUCCAAAUCGAGGUUCCGGUUCUGGUCCCGGUGGCACUGUUUAUAGUGGAUUAGAUCGUACACAUCGUUGUAAAUUUUUACGAAUAUGUAUGAAAUAUUUAAUGCACUACUCUUGUAUAUCAGAGAGUGAUGUUAAGGAGAUUUUAAGGGCAAUGGAACCGCAAGUUAGGUCAUGGAAGGUGGAAGGGGAUGUAAAAAAUAAACAAAAGUAUAAAGAAGCUUUUGGUAGGUGUUUAGGGAGGUCAUGGAGUGAGGAAAAAAGUAAAGAAAAAGGGUUAAAGUGUAGUGUUAUUGCCGUAAUUAAGGCAACUGAUAGAGGUAGUCCGUCAAAAUUGAACCCAUUGAAAUCGGCACUAGCAGCACUAUCACGACCAUUAGGAGGAAGUGGAACUUGUUCCACCGCAUCUAACAAUCAAUAUGUCAAUGAUUGUAGUGGAGGGGCUCCGACAACAGCAACCCAAUCUAACGGCCUCGUCGACAGCGACGACGACAGCGACGAAGAAGAUGAUGACGAUGAUGAUGACACGAUAAUCACAACAACGACAACGACAACAACAACAACGACAGCAUCAUCAACACAAUCACCAUCCCUUCCUGGAUGGAAUGGGAAAGGGAAGAAAGGGAACCUUCCCUUUCCUUCCCUUUCUUCCUUUCCUUUUGACUCGAUUCAUCCUUAUCUUCCUCUAGUUCCUUCUAUCAUUGGAAUUAUCACCAUAACUUAUUUCCUUUGGAAG